CAGUCGUCCAUAGCACGUAUCCGUUAAUUCCUGUAUUCGAUUUCGGGUCGGGUUCUGAAUACUCCACAAAAAGGGUUCUUUAUAAAUUUCUGGAAAUUGAAGAGAAACACCAGCAACAGAGAAGGAAAAGUCAUCCACAGCCGGCCGUACGAUCUGAACUCCCACCCCUAAACCCGCGCCAGUAGUAAUGGACGAGGAAUCUUCCAGUAAACAACUAAAGAUUUCUUUAGAUGUUGAACAUGCCAAAUGCAGUAUUUGUUUAAACAUCUGGCAUGAUGUUGUCACGGCUGCCCCCUGCCUCCACAACUUCUGCAAUGGAUGUUUCUCAGAGUGGUUACGAAGGUCUCAGGAGAAACAUUCAAGUGUUCUUUGUCCACAAUGUAGAGCAGUGGUCCAAUUUGUUUCGAGGAAUCAUUUCUUGCACAAUAUUGAGGAGGAUAUUAUGCAAGCUGAUUCUUCCCUAAAACGUUCUGAUGACGAAGUUGCACUUUUAGAUUCCUAUGCAUCAAUAAAGUCACCUCUUGUCAUUAGCAUGGGAAGAAAUGCUCAUCGGAAGAGGGCACGUCCAGCACGAGAUGAAGAUAGUGAAGAUAGUGGCGUUGUAGAUCUUUCAUGCCCUCAGUGUGCUACUGAGCUUGCUGGGUUCCAGUGCAACGAGAACACUAUCCAUCUGCAGUGUCAAGCGUGUGGAGGGAUGAUGCCUUCUAGAACCAAUACAAGAUUCCCGCAACAGUGUUUGGGUUGCGAUCGGGCAUUUUGUGGUGCUUAUUGGUAUGCUCAGAGUGUUACUGAAAGUAACUCUAAUCCAGUUUGCGGUCCUGAGACAUUCAAAACUAUAUCAGAACGUACCCUCACUAGAAUUCCAUCAUGCGCACAUGAAAACAAUCGGCAUGAACAAGAUAUUACAGAAAGGUGUAUUACACAGAUGGGGAAAACAUUGCAGGAUGUUAUCUCUGAUUGGAUUACGAAGUUUAACAACAGAGAAAUUGAUCUUACCAGGAUGCCUUUGAAUCAUGCUGAGAUGAUGAAUGCUGGAACGCGUAUUUGCAACGAUUGCUAUGACAAAUUUGUUUCAUUUCUCUUGUACUGGUUCCGGGUUUCAAUGCCAAGACAUCUUCUACCACCAGAUGCAUCUCAGAGGGAAGAUUGCUGGUACGGGUAUGCUUGUCGGACACAGCUACACAGCGAAGAACAUGCUCGUAAACGAAAUCACGUGUGUCGCCCAACCAGGGGUCGCUAGGGUGUUCAUUAUUGUUUCUUUUGGUUACGUAUGUUUUUUCCCCCAAUUGGAUGGAAAAUGACGUCAAUUGCUCGCCCACAUGUUUAUCGGUGGUUAGUAUGGAUUAUACUGCAGGUUUUGUACUUUCACAUCUGGUGUUACUUUCCGGAGGUUUUGUUGUUAAUAUGCCCUUCUUGUUCAGUCA